CUUGUUGCCACUGUCGAAGCGACGUGUUAUAAGCGUCGUUCAACCUCAUCCCUCUUGCACCACCACCACCAACAAGUGUGCAUCGUACUGCAUCUUCACCAGCCGUUCAGGAGCUAGUUCAUUCUUAGCACAUUCCGACACGGUCCUCACACGGUUUGCGCUCAGAUGGCUGUCGACCGUCGUCGUAAGCGGAAGUGAAGCAGUAUCUAGUGCUGGAUUUGAAUCACCGGUGUGCAAUAGUGUGUCCGAGUGUUCAACACUGGUGCCGAGCGACGAGGGACAGGGAUCCGAUUCCAUUAUACUGUGAACCCUUGCGCGGUGAGGUACUUCGGACAGCGAGCAACCAGCAGCAGCCGCCCAGCAUCCCCGGCCAGCCAAGAUGAGCAGCUCGGGCGGAAGUCCCUCCAAGAAGGGCACGAGCGUGGACAUGCAAAUAUUUGCCUCGAAUGGCAAUACGAUCGUCGACGAGAGUUAUGAUCCCCAUCUGCACCGAAACCGGCCGCACCCGACGACAAACUUCGAAACGUUGGUCCACCUGCUGAAGGGAUCGCUCGGCACGGGCAUUCUUGCGAUGCCGCAAGCAUUCUACAAUGCGGGCUACAUCUCCGGCGUCGUUAACACGGUCCUGAUCGGCAUCCUCUGUACGUACUGCUUGCACGUGCUCGUCCAGGCGCAGUACGCCCUGUGCAAGCGGCACCGGGUGCCCAUCCUCACCUACCCGAUCUCGAUGAAGAUUGCACUCGAGGAGGGUCCGCAAUGUUUGCGACGAUUCGCACCGUACGCGGUUGUUAUCGUCGAUGGGUUCAUGAUCGUCUAUCAGCUGGGUAUCUGCUGCGUUUACAUAGUUUUCGUUGCGACCAACAUCAAGCAGUUGGUCGAUUACUACUGGCUGGAGUUAGACGUGAAAAUCCACUGCUUGAUUCUACUCGUACCACUGAUCGGAAUCAAUAUGAUUCGCAACCUGAAGGUCCUGGCACCGUUCUCAACGUUGGCCAACUUGAUUACAUUCGUUGGCAUUGGAUUGAUAUUGGCCUACAUUCUCGAUGACGUUCCACCGAUCUCCGAACGUCAGCCAGUCGCCGAGUUGGGCAAAUUUCCACUUUUCUUUGGCACCACUCUGUUCGCACUGGAGGCAGUCGGUGUGAUUAUAGCACUGGAAAACAAUAUGGCUACACCGAAAUCGUUUGGUGGUACCUGCGGCGUACUUAAUUCGGGCAUGGCGGUGAUUGUCUUCCUGUAUGCCGGUAUGGGAUUCUUGGGCUAUCUGAAGUACGGUGCCGAAUCGGCCGGCAGUAUCACACUCAACCUGCCGCAGGAAGAAAUUAUGUCUCAGUCGAUAAGAGUGCUGUUUGCGGUGGCCAUCUUCAUCUCGUACGGUUUGCAAUGCUACGUGCCGGUCGACAUUAUCUGGAACGUUUAUCUGGUGGAGAAGUACCGUGACUCGAACAACAAGCUGGUAUACGAGAUGUUGGUUCGCAUUGUAGUCGUCAUCACCACUUUCCUGCUGGCCGUCGCCAUUCCUCGUCUGGGUCUGUUUAUCUCGCUGUUCGGUGCAUUCUGUCUGUCCGCCCUGGGCAUUGCUUUCCCGGCCAUUAUGGAGAUCUGCGUGCUGUGGCCGGACAAGCUGGGCCCGGGAAAGAUUACCCUCUGGAAGGACAUCAUUUUGAUCGUGUUCGGUGUCAUCGGUCUGGUAGCUGGCACGUACACGAGCGUACGGGACAUUAUUCUUAGUUUCAUGUAAUUUUGCCCGACCCCUGACAUGACGCUACGGUGCUCCAACUGGUACACCACAGUUACAUGCCACGCCAACGAAUGCGCGCUAGGACCAGCUCGCUAAAGCAGACAACUUACAGGAAAACACACAGGCAGAAACAGCAAGCGUAAACUAUUGAUAGCAAUCUUUCCUAGACAAGAUGGUUGUGCACUAAGCUUCCUUAGACGAGGGCAUUCCCUCCGCCAUCGCGGAUUGAACCGGCUGCAGUUCCUCGAUCUUGCUCUGACCGGCCCUUUGCUGGAAGGUUCGCACGCUGGUAGGGAGCAGAUUGGUGACAUAUCAUUUGUAGAUUUGUAAAGCAAAGUUUCAACUUACUGAGUUAUUAGAGUUAAUUUCCACUCACCUGCCCCGGGGCGCAGGCAAGCGACCACCAGACCGAUCGUUUGUUCCGUUUGUAGUCUGAUGGUGGAUGAAUUCAGUUUUUAAGAUGUUUGUUUGUACUACUACAAACCGCAACGCAACCUCAACAGAUGGAAGGAUGAAGAAGAUGAAGAAGCCUAUUUUGGAGUAGUAUUAGAUUUGCAUACAAACGCCAAGCGUUACGCACACGCGUUCCAUGUAGAAACGAUAGUAGCGAUAGCUUUGUACAAUCACUCAAACGCACCGCACUCUACGAUUGCAGGCUUAACUUACUGUGUGGUGAUGUUCUGCUUCACGCCGCAAUGUAGUCGAUGUAGCCACGCGACCAAACUCGGCUUCCACUGGACCGGUGAUUCAGAAAAAAAGAAUAAACCAGCAGACAGGCGAAAUUAUGUUUACGUUUUAUUAUAAAUAGAUUAUUACCGUUACACACUACUAGUUCCGUUCCGUCUCCACUGCUAAGUGAUAUGAAAAUAUAAUUUUCUUUCUCCGA